GGUAGCCUAGCCUACUUGAUUAACAGAUGAAGACAUUUAAAUAUCCCCAAAUUAUGACUAAAUAAACCUUUAGAUUGCGCCAGCCUCCCCAAAGGCUUUAGUUCUAGGAUAAUGAUACAGCAAAUAGCCGAAAAUAGUGUUCCACUUGCCAGGUGCAAUUGGACCUCAUUAAUUCUCGCCCUCCCACUUGAUUUAGGAUUCAUCACCGUUUUUCUGUCAGAAAUCCUAUCUCGAGAAUGUCAGUCAUUUCAUCAGUUGACGAGAGUAUUAAGGCAAACGGAGUCGACACCUACGACAGUGGCGAUGACUGGGAGAUUGGUCUCGGAAAUCUGAUUAUAAAUUUGGAUGCUGAUCUGGAGAAAGAUCAACGCAAAUUGGAGAUGAAUCGCGUUUUGAGCAUAAAAAGCAACGUAAAACGGUGUGAGGAUUUAGCCUUCAGUUGUGCGACCACAGUAUUGGAUGGCCUUACGAAUCCAUCCGCACAGCCGCCUUCUGUAGCCCGGGGAAAUGCAUGCAAGGAGUCGAAGAAAUUUAAAGUGAAAAGGAGCAACUCUUCGAACGUGAAGGAUAAAAUUCUAUCACUUGACACGCUGUACGGAAUUCCUAAAGUAUGCAUCGGUAAACGACAGGAAAGUCAAGGACGCCUCGGAGAGGCUACUGAAAUGAAUUCGGCAGCGGACCAGGAGAACAGCAAGCUAAACACAAGUGAUGUAACCAUUUCUUGCGCCAAAGGCAAAGAGGAGAAAAGGGGUAAAAACCAUAGCAGGACUUUGAAGAGGGAGAGGGAUACUGUCAGGACGAGAAAGGAAAAGCAAGGUGAUGCACUGGCCAGCCUUGAUUUUAGUGGAGUGCGUGCGUCUGAGAAUGACUGCGCUGUCGAAGGUGAGGAGAAUCCAUGUCACAGUGAAGACAGUGAAAUGGGAGACAGCAAAGGGGGAGUGGGCGCUCGGAUAAUGGGCAGCGCUAUUGUUGUGAACAAGAUCGAGGAAAUUGACGCACCGGCGAGGACACAGAAAACGUUGCAGGUGCGGACCCGCUCGGUUGGAACCAACACUCAGGAGCCAGGGAAGGCCAGCGAUGCAGCACAAAUGGGGCCGUGCCAGCCGGGCACCAGUGUCAAUCUGGAGGGCAUCGUGUGGCAUGAAACAGAAGAGGGUGUACUUGUAGUUAACGUUACAUGGAGGAAGAGGACAUAUGUAGGAACCCUACUGGACUGUACGAAACAUGACUGGGCACCACCAAGAUUCUGUGACUCACCAACCACUGAUGCUGAGACACAAGGAGGACGUGGCCGCAGCAAGCGCAUGCGACUGGCUAUUCCAGAGCAGGCCAUCGUAGAGCCGGUGCUUCCUAAAGUCCGAGCACUGCCCCACAAGAGACGCGGGGUUGGAAUGAGCAGCAAAGGACGCAGAGGCAGCUUGAACCUGCUGAGCAACUGCAGGACACCUCCCUACUACACUGAGGAAGAGCUCAAGACUAGUCCACUGUCGCAAGGCAAAAGGAAAAUCAAAGCUCCCGCUGACCUGGAUCUGACACUAGUCACUGAGGACAUUAAGAAUGGGAACGGGAAACGGAUACGAGCCAAAUCCCGAAGCGCACCCUCCACACCGCAGGGGAAGUCUGAUCCAGUAUUCCUUGACCAAGCGUGUCCCUCACCAAUGCUGAUUGACUGCCCGCACCCAAACUGCAACAAGAAGUACAAGCACAUCAAUGGCUUGCGGUACCAUCAGUCACAUGCGCACUUAGACACAGACAGGAAGCAGGAGUUUGAGGUGGAGAACGAAGAGCGGCUUACGGAUGAGGAGGAGGGGGGCCCGGUGAGAGGCCUGGCUUUCAGCUGCACUGAGGCCACCCCCUCUUCCUCGAAGAAAGCAAUCUCGCCACCCAAGCUUGGAGCGCUGGGCCCCUCGAAGGGCAGAAAGAUGAUGCUGAAUAACGAGCCGGGCCUCAUAAUGGCCUCUAAAUCACGAAGGCAUGCAGUGACCAAAGAAGGCCCCGCAGAUGACUUGAGCAACCUACCAAUCAUCUCCAACAUGACAGUGGUUUUAGAGAAUUGUCUCAUUGCAGAUCGCAGCUCCUCAGUCGAAAUGCCAAAGCUGGAGGCGGAGGAUGUGAUUGACAAGCGUGAGGUAGAUGACCUGAGUAAAAAAGAAAUGGGCAAAGCUGAGAAAUGCUCAUCAAAGGCUAGGGCUGGGAGGUUUAUCGUGACGCCUCCCGCUCCACCAAAGCUUAUUGCCAUUCCUACAACAACGUUCUCUGCAAACAGCGCUGAGGCCAGCUGUCACCAUUCAUCGCCCACUGUGGCUCUAACAAAAGCCAAGAGCCUCUCUCUAAAACCCAUCAAACCAAAACUGGACAUGAUUUUGCAGCCUAAUUUGCCAAGUUCGACUCUGGCCACUUGCAAAGAAGGCAAAAGAAAAGAUAAACAAAGACUGAAAGACAGACAUUGUAAGGACAUCAGGAGUACAAAGUCUGAACAUGUACAUGUAAAGAUGGAGGACUCAAAAGGCAUUGGAAAAGACUUUUCUAUCAGCCUCCUGAAGGAACAUCUGAGUAAGCAGGAGGUCUCCAAUGGUCCAAAUGAAACUCAGGAGAGCCGAAUGGCAAGCAUAAGGGCAGAGGCAGACAAAGUGUACACCUUCACUGACAAUGCCCCCAGUCCCUCCAUUGGAGGUUGCUCUAGACUUGACUCCAGCACUCUGGCCAAUGGGGAGGGGCCCACCAGCAAGACCAACAGCCCAGCGUACUCAGACAUCUCAGAUGCAGCAGAUGAUGGUGGUUCAGAUGGCCGCUUAAACACAAAGUUGAAGGUAAACGCUGCUACAGAGCCAAACCCUGGCCACAGUGCAAAUGCCAGGGUUGUCCCUGGUGCACUGAAGGAAGCCCAGUCCUCCCCCCUAUAUCAUGGUUAUGACUCCUACUGUCUUCAGGGGUUUGUGCACGCGGGGCAGGCCAACCCCUCCACAUUUCCUAAGGUCUCUGCAGCAUACGACGGAAAAACAAAGAAGGACGAUUUGAAGGAGGUUGCAGAGGAAUUUAAAAUCACAGACUCAGCCGACACUAAGAAAAAGGACAUAUGCCCCUCUGGCACCCAGUCACAGCUUCAGAUGGCCAUCACUGACACACAGACUGCACUAGCUCAGUCGCUAUACUAUGGACAGUAUUCUCGAAGUAUCAAAGUGGAUCAAAAGCUGCUAACUCUGUCAGCCGGUUCCCACAGUAGAGCGCCUGUGGAGGCCGGGUUUGAGGACAUGCAACAGAACAAACAGAAGGGCCCGCAAGCUGUGCGGGAGCUGGAGCUCAGAGAACAGCAGAGAGAGGAUGUGAGAGAGGUGCCAUUAACGGGUGUGAUAUCUAAAGGUGUCAACACAGUCAAAAGCAGUGGCAGCAAGGUUGGCCACCCUUACCUAGAGCUGGAGAAGCAGCAGGUUAAAUCUGCCCUCAUCACAAUGAUGAAAGACCAGAGGCUAGAGCCUGAGGAGCUCAGAUCUGGCAAAGAGUUGACUGAGCAGAUCCCAGUGGACUCAAAUGUGUCACAUGUUAAUGAUUGUGAGUCUCUCUGCUGGGCCAGGCCCUACCCUGCCAAAUAUGCCACUCUGCUGAAUCAGGAGAUCAGCAAGGGCUGUGCAGAGCUCCAUUCAGACAAGGCUAAAGAUCUGGACGCGCCUCUGGAGUCAGGCAGUAAGAUGGGAGCGGAAUUGUUAAACAAGAGGCCAGAGGCUCUUGGGAAUGACCAGGACGACGCUGAGAAAACUGAUGAUCAAGACGCGUCGGGGGAAGUGACCGAGGAGUUGAAGAGUACGACUCUGGGAUCUGAGGCCUCUGCUUUGAGCCCGCAGCAAUCAUACGUCCAGUACCAGCACUCCUACCCUUACCUGCACCUGUGUGAUCCCAGUAACCAUGCCUACAGGGUCAUGUCUCCAGCACUAGUAUCAAGCUACGCAGGUUUUCACUACCCUCUCUAUGGGAAGACUGCGGGCAGAGAGGAGGCCGAUUUAUCACAGUCUAAUAACAGCAGCAUGAACAGCAAGCCUCCCAGUGACUCAACCACCCUGGAGCUGCGUCAGCAUCAUAACAUGCCAUACCAUGGCAAAUCCCCUGUGGUAUGUGUCACCAUUGUCCAGCCUGGUGAGAGGGGAUCUCCUGAGCGUGAGCGGGACCUGGAGCAGGAGAGGGAGCCGGUCCCUUACUCUCAGCAUCUCCACACCCACCAUCACACUCACCUGGGCAUGGGCUACACUCUAAUGCCUGGCCAGUAUGAUCCGUAUCCAGGGUUAAGUCCCACAGCUGUGGUCUCUAGUCAAAAGAAACAUAAUUCAUCCAAUGAGAGUGAUGGAAAAAUGUGAAUCAGUGAAUGGUGUAACUGGCUCACAUUAGGAUGUAUUGAUUCAAAGACAUCAAUUCCAUGGUGUUAUUCAUUGCCUCGAUGGGAGGCAGAAACCAAUUUCAUUUCUUGUUAAUGAAAACAAGAUUACAAUGCAGUGCUAUUUCAAUAUUGGUGGCAGUACAGUAUGUUAAUCAAUAUACUAAUUUUGACAUGGACUUGGUGAGAAGGCUUUGUAACAUAUCUGCUUCGGAUGCCUGCCAUAUUAAACUAACACAUGAAACCAUAUUGUCAUAGAAUCCACCACAAAUUGCUGUAUUGAGCUGUUUGUACGUAUUGUUAUGUGAGCGCAAUAUUGAAUGUAUUUAAUAUCAUCUUAUCCACUGUGUGCUUAGUGAGAGUUAUAGUGAUGGGCUGAAGUGACUGAGAAGUCAACUCUCCUGAAUUGCUCAAUUGCAUUUGUACUAAAAGAGACUGCAGUCACUUGUCUGUUGUGUUUUUGUCAAAUAAGAGCAAGUCUACUUGCCUUCCCAGUGCCAUAGAUCUGUGCUGUGCAUCCUUUAAUAGCAGAAUGUUGCAAGCUUAAACUUUUUUUAAUCAGAGUACGAUACGGUAGUGGACACCAUGUCACUUGCAUAUCAGUAUUCCUUUUGGUUACUUGAAUAGUGCUGCAGACAAAAAAUGUUUACAAGUGCAACUUCCCUGAAGCAACACUUAUUGAUGUAGCCUGGUCAGUUCUACCUGUUGUUAUUUUAUAAAUGUCAGCUAUACAGUAAAAUGUCUGUUGAUUUUUAUACUCUACUUGGCUUAUGAAGUCUGGCAAUUCAAAUAAAAGCAACAACAAUUUC